AUGGGCAGCGGCAGCAGCCGGAGCGGCCGGGCCCUGAGGCGGCUGCGCGGCCCCGACAGCCGGCCGGCGGGGCCCGGCGGGGCAGCGCCGGAGGGCGGGACAGCGGCCCGGGAGGAGGCCCCAGAGGCAGCCGGGGUGGCGGCCGGGGGCGCGGCCGGCCCCGACCCUGGCCCCGCGGCGCCCCCCGACGGCCGGGACGAAACCCUGCGCCUGCUGGACCAGCUGCUGGCCGAGUCGGCGGCCUGGGGCUCGGGGGAGCCGGCCCCACGGGGCCCGGCGCGGCCCCGACCCGCCGCCGGCGCGGGGAGCCGGGUGCCCCCAAAACAGAGUGCUGAAGACCACCGCCCAGAGGGCAGCAGCAGCUCUGAGGCCACAGGCAGCAGCCACAAGAGGCCAGAGGGGCAGCCGGCUGUCCUGUACGACUGCUCCGAGGAGGAGCUGAUGGCCAGCAUCGAGCAGGAGUGCUGUCGCUGAGGCGCCCGCCCGCCGCCGCCCGCCUGCCGGCCUCGAGCAGCUGGGUGGGAGUGCGCAUCCCUCGGCCCCGCCUGGGCUCCAGCUGGAGCCGAGCCACUGCCAACGUGCAGUUACGCACGGAUCCUUCACACCGGCCUUCUCCAGCCCACAUUCAGACGGUCCCGAGCACGGCCAGCUGCUGGCCGUCAGGCCUGCUGGCAAGAGGUGGCUUAGCCGUGCGGGCCCAGGCCAGAAGGACGCACAGGUGCUGCCCCCCAGGUGUGUGGGUGGGUGAUCCCGACACCCCCCCUCUCCUCAGGCUCGGGAGGCCUGUCUAUGAGGCUCCACUGGAGCCCGAACACAUCCCUUUCCCGUCCCCCACUCUCCGCCUGGGCUGGGGAAUGCCCCUUGGCUGACUGGCUCCUGCCGAGCGCCUUGGGGCCCCUCACGUCCCAUGGCGCUUCAGGAUGGUUCCGCUGCAAGGCUGCGCCCAGGAGGCGUGCCCUGCCUGGCCGCGGGACGCAGGUGAAUCUCCUGGAGAUGUUCUCCAAACACAGGUUCAAUUCUGUGGUCUGCGGGGGCCUCGGAGCCUGUAUUUCUAAUCGCUCCCAGGUGAGUCGCCAGCUGCUGGCUCCCAGCCACCCCUAAGCAGCAAGGACUGAGUGUGACCUUUGGACCCCGGUACUGGAGGCUGCUUGGAGCCUCAGCCUACCCAGUGCCCCAGCGACAGCCCGUGCCUGAUUCUCGCUCUUGUGCUAAUUAGCAGUCUCCUCCCCAUCUGGGCCUCAGUUUCCCUCCCUGGAAAGCAAGUCCUGGUGGCUCUGCCCUGCUCUGACGACCUGGGAUCACUCAGCCCCCUUGCCCUCCCUUGUGCCUACCCCACGGGGCAGCGGUCUGCUCCCCUGCUUGAGGGUGCUUAGCUGCCCCACCUCAAAGGGUGUUCAGGGCCCCCUGCCCUCACCUGACCAGUGCCCGGUGGAAGGCAGACAGUCACAGCAGUGAGACAGAGGAGCCUGAGAGCGGUCCCAGCUGACACACAUAAAAGCCGACUGGCUCAGGGUGCCCGCUAGGCAGAGGCAGCACCAGGAGGCCGCAGCCUGACCAGGAGGCGGGACUUGCGCGGUAGCCCAGGUGCGGCUGCGUGGGGAGGUGCAGGGAGAGGACUGGCCUGGAGGUUGGGAGACGCCCCCCUGGAGCAGCCGGCGAGGGCUUCAGCAUAGGGGGCACAUGGAGGCGGCGGCAGUGUGUGCCAAAGCCAGGAUGGGCCCCAGCCUGUCUCGUGUUUGCCACUGACACAGAGGCCCCCCUGGUGUCGCCUGCAAAGGGCAAGAGCAUCUCGGAACCCGACACAGGCCCCUCGGCGCCAGCCCCAGACCCACAGGCCUGCUGCCGCCAGGGGUGUUGCCAUGAACUUCCCUCAUCUGACCAGAGCGCCUUUGAUCCGACGUUCCACAGCUGGGAGAUUUUGUUCUGCAAAGUCGGUAUGGAGCCAUGGAGCCCCGGAAGGGUUGGCUCAGGAGCCCCCCAACCCAGAAAAAAACGAGAGCUGCUUCUCACCCAAGCACAAACCCUUUCUUUUCAUGUAAGAAUUAAAGCUAUCACUAUUCUCGUAAUACAAAUGCUGCUUUUAAAAGAAGUUAAAAUUUUAUUUCUCACAACCAGACAGAUUAGGCCUUGAAUUUAAUGAUAUAAAUGUUUACAAUUGUACAUCCUUAUUUUGUUCAAACGGAACAUGUGCAGCUGAUUUUCCAAGAGAAAGAUGAUAUCUCUGCAUU